AUAUAUAGGGCCGUCUUACGCUUUCAAACUGUAGUGCAUGUUAAACACACAUCUUACAAAGCCUAGAGAAGGUGCGCGGGCCAGUUAUACAUUCAACUACCGGCGAAAUACAAAUUUCGAAAACCCCAUGACUGAAGAAAACCUACAGUGACAAAUUUAACGAGAUUGUGAUGCCUUUGUGAUCUAAAAGAAAUCGAAGAGUCGAAUGUGAUCUAUCAAAAGUAAAUAAAAUUUUCAGUAUUGUUUUGCGAAACGAUGUUAAGUGAUAGAAAAGUGAAAAUGAAAAAUGUGAUAACGCGUUUUGGUUUUUGAACAUUAUUUUUUUUUUUUCGUAUUGUGAUCAAAUUUUUGAAUCCGGACUUUUGUGAUAAAUUUCGACUUAUUUGUGAUAUUACCAGACUGACUAUAAUUUAAAGGAAAAAAUGAUAAGAAACACAUUCAAAUUCAACUCAAACAUACUAGUAAAUAUAAAAAAAAUGUUCAACACAAGAACUUUUUUGACGUAUUUCAUUCUAGUGUUACUUAUACCAUUUACGGUAACAGACAAACAUAAUAGGUCGAACAAUGUACAAAAACGGCCUGAUGAGGCCAGACAUACCGGAGGCUGUCAUAGUUGUCGAAUGAGAGAAGAAAUUAAACAAAGAAACUUAAUGAUAAUUAAAGACGAAAUUCUAAGGCGGAUGGGCUUUGAAGAAGCUCCAAAUAUAACAGGGAAGUCCCUUCCUUCAGUCCCUUCUGAAUUCUUGAUGAAGUUUGAAGAAGAAAACGGAGGUAUGCAAAGCGAUCAGCCUCAAUUUCAAAGCGGUUACACUGUUACCGAGGAGGAGGAUGACUACCAUGUGAAAACAGAGAAAAUUUUAGGUUUCGCGCAACCAUAUCCAAGACUGAGGCAUAAAGGCCGUGAUAUUCUACAUUUCUCAUUUAGCGACAGUAUUACCAAAUAUCAAGUCAGCAAUUCUACUCUCUCCGUUUUUAUCAAAGGCAGUGAAAGGCGGCUACCACAAGAUGUUAUUUUGGAAGUGUUCAAAAUAACUGAUCAUUCUGACCCUGCGGCCUUCGAUAUGGUGUAUGGCAAGAAGUUUCGUCAACCCCCCGGAAAAGGAGAAUGGAUAAACAUCGAUUUCACAGAAACUGUAUCGGAAUGGUUUAAAAAUCCUAGUGAAAAUUAUGGUUUCGUAGUGAACGCGACUGUUAAUGGGAAAAAAGUGGUCGUUACUGAUGUUAACGUGGAUAAAGGAAAAAAAGUUCCAUUUAUAGAAAUCUCUACUGUAGAAGCAAAACAUAGAGUUCGUCGAAGUAUGGGUCUAAAUUGCGACGAUGACUCCAACGAAACCAUAUGCUGCCGAUACCCACUUAUGGUUGACUUCGAGGCCAUCGGCUUGGACUUUAUUAUAGCACCGAAACGCUAUGACGCUUAUAUGUGUUCUGGAGAGUGUCCGUAUGUUACCUUACAGAAGUUUCCCCAUACCCACUUGAAGCAAAUAACGAAACCAGUGAGUACGCCUCCUUGUUGCACUCCUCGAAAAUUAGGAAGUAUCUCCAUGUUGUACUUCGACCAACAUUUAAACGUGAUGUACGGAUCAUUACCCGGCAUGGUAGUGGAAAGGUGUGGGUGUAUGUAAUUAUGAUGUGAAAUAUUACGGUCAUUAUCGAAAAAGCUGAUUCCUUUAAACCAGAAAGGUAUUACAAUUUGGAUGAUUCAAAGAAAAUUUCAGUUAAGCUAUGAAAUAUAAUAAAUAUAUCUAAAUAUUACAGUUCGUGGAAAAUUUAUAUAAUUUUAGUUAUUUCCGAUAUUUAUUUUCAUUGAACUUUUCGUUUUCGUAUCUAUUAAAUCGGAAAGUGAUUGCAAAUAACAGAAAAAUAUAUGGUUCAGUCUGAUAGAAAAAGGUCAUAAAUUCCGUCCUUUUGCUGUGAGCUAUCCGUUUAGUCAAAACUUCACAUAAUUAUGUUUUGAUUUUGAAAGAACACUUCCAUCUAUUCGUCUCGUGAACAUUGAACAGGUUUUUCAGCCAAAUUUUGUUAUAUUCUUUCGACAGUGAUACAAAAUAUUUUCCAAAAUUGAAUAUAAUAUAAAUAUAAUGGACUCAAAUAUGUUGGAGAUAACAGCUUUAUUUUUAGUAAAAUACGAUCCUCUAUAGUUUCUAAAUCUAUUAGACCAUUUUUAUGUAGCUCUAAAAAAACUGAAUCAAACCAUUUUAUUGCUUAUCAAAGUUCUAUCCACAUAUGUGCGAAUACUUUAUCUAAGAGAAGAAACAUCUUGUUAAUACCAAGUCAUUAAAAAAUAACAUGGGGUUGUUAUUCGAUUGUGACUAAUAUUGCUGGCAUAAUAUUUGAAUAUCAGUCACCAUUCAAAUUACCUUAGCCUUCAACAUUUUCAUUCUCUCUACAUCUCUUAACAGGUCUCGAAAAACUGUUGGUCUAUUAAUAAAAGCCUCGAAAUAGUUAUUCAUACUACGAGGUAUGUAAGUAGUAUUGGCUUUCUAUAACAGCCAAAUGGAUAGAAAAAUCACCAAAUAUUAGUUGUCUGUUUAUCAGAAAAAUCGAGGAAGACAUAUGAAGCAACGUAUCUCAACUUCAAAAAACAGUGACAAAGACUUCUAGAGUAAUUUCAAAGACCGUGCUUUUAGUGUACUUUCAAUAAAAAUCCACUAUAUUAAACUAUGAAUAUUCCAUUCAUUCCCAUAGAGAAAACAUAGAUAUAUCCAAAAAUCCUAAACGAGUAUUUUAUAGAUAAAAAGAAUGAAACAUUGUAAUUUCUAUUAAUAUAGUGUGAGUAAAUGAGAUACACGUUUUUUAUGGCGUAAACUAUUACCAUAGCAUUGAUUAUUCGAUCUAAUAUCGUAGUUCCAAAUUAAAAAUUUUUCUACCAAAAUUAUAAUAGAAUAAAAUCAAUUCCACAUUUGAGAUGGUAGUAUACCGAAUUUCCAGUAAUUCUAAUUUAAAUAUCGAGAAAUUAACAAUAAAUUACUUAAAUACAACUUAAUACAGAAAAUGCUACUGCAACAAACAUAUUUGCUAAUUGUUGACAAAUGACCCUAAGUUAUCAUGAAUAUUUCAAUAUUAAAUGGAAAUUUGAAUGGAAUGGACAUGACAUUUUUUUCCUUGGAAUAAAUUAGAUUUGUAACAUUGAUAUGACGAAACAAAAUUCAAAUGAUGCAUUCUUUUCAACAGAAUCUGUCACGAGUUUUCAAUAACCUUGUAGAUUUCGAUUGGCGCUAGAUGGAUUAUUGAAUCUAAUUAUGUAUACUUAGUAUGAAAUUGUUCGUUCAUUUGGAAAUAAUGAAUUGCUAUCUAAUAUUUAAAGUGAUACAAUAUUUCAAUUCAAUUUUUGCAAUGUACGUUUCAAUGUACAGAGUCUUAAGUAUCGAUUUCAACCAACAUAAUUCCAAAUAAGACAAAUGAUCCAAUCACGGUAUGCAAAGUGAGAGCUUCAACAAAAAGUUAGUGUAUAUGUGCGUAAAAAUUUCAUAAAAAAUUCUUUUUUGGUAAUGAUUUUAUAUGUCGGACAGCAAAUCAUAUAUUUAGGAGUUCAAAGUAUUAUAAAUUGUCUUUUAUCAUAAACCUAUUUUGAAUCUCUAAACAUGAUGUAUAUUUCUAGAUUACUUCCGUUGCUUGCAUCAAUGAUCAAAAUUUUGCUUGAUCUUGUAUAGAGCUUGUUCAACUUGAUCCCAUCCAAUCAAAUCCAUUGAAUGUCUUCUUCUUUCUCUUCCGUGUAUUAGGCGAAGUCGCCUGUUUUAACUUCGACAUCCUUGCCUCCUAUCCUGCUUCAAGGUUGCCGCUCCAUCUUUUUGUGAGUCGGCCGAUACUCCUUCGGCCCAAUGGGGAUUCAUCGCAAGGUAUCUUGACCAGUGUGUUGUUAUCCAUAUCUACGACUCAUUCCAUUCUCCCUUUCUUGAUAGAACCCAUUCGUUGACGUCAUCUACUUUGCACAAUAUUUUGAUGUUCUCACUUCUUUCCCUGUCCAGUUUUUUGGUUAUCCUGCGUAGCACUUCACCUGCAUGCCCUAUCGGAGGAUUGAGUAGUUGAGAAGGGCAUGUUGCCGUUCCCAAGUCCGGAUAGAGAAGGAGGGCUCUUGGGUUGGAUUAGCUCUGUGCCUAAGGUAAAAACAGAUAUUACUCAAAGAACCUAUACUUCGCCUCCAAGAAAUGUAAAAUAAGAUACCUAUGAAAAUUUUAAUUCACUAAUUACCAAAGUUUCGUGAAAAUAAUAUCAUCCAAAUGUAAACUGUCAUCUUCGUGGAUUGUAAUCUUUAUGUAAGCUUUAUAUUUAUGAUAACUCAUCAGAACAAGACUGUAUAACUUAUCUCGCUUUCGCUUCUUUUGAAUGUUUUAUUGAUAAUAGCCACAAAAUUUAUCCACCAGCAACAUCGCAACACUUCAUUUUCAGUAAUGAUGUGAUAUCACAUGCGUGUAUUAUGAAGACGUUACACCCCAAUAGCAACAGUUUCACUUAUGUAAGUAUUGUUGAGGUGUGAAGGAGCUUUAUUCGAAAACGUCAAGGUCAGAUUAAAUAACAAAGUUAAAUUUUCUACGAACUUAUUAGGCUUUUGAUUCACACGCUCUUCCGGAGCUAGGGGUCUUUACUACAGUACUCUCAAAAAUUUGUCUGUUCUCGGCUGCCUUAAUUUUACGAGGGGUAUAUUAUCCAAGUGUCGAAAACCAAAAACUACUCACUCUCUAAUUUCCAAACCGUAAUGUGUUUUAGAGAAAUGAUCUAUAACAAUUAAAUUCACAAGAGCCAUGCUACUAGUCAGCAUUCCGCUUUGUUACGUUAUUAACGAGUCUGCUACGGUUUUCCCAUUUUUGUUAGUUUGAAACGUAUUUUUUUCAUUAUCUUAUCUACUAGUUCUUUUUAUUAUGUAGUGAUAUGAACAUGGAUAUUUCUACUGAAAAAAAGUAUUUCAUUUUUAAUUUCUUUCAUGAAUAGCGACCAGGAUGCAUAAUAAUUAUUGAUUAUUCAUCUGUCGUGUUACGGUUACGGAUCUCUUACAUUUUUUUACAAUUUAGUUACAAAAAAUAUUGCUCAAAUGCCAACUUUGCUAUUGUUAUACAUCUCGCGUUUUCUCAAUCCAAUGCAUUCAAGGAGUUAGCUUAACAAAUUAAAACAUUUUUUUGUUAUACUUUGUAUAUUGGUAAAAUAAAAUGGAAUCAGUACUAAUAUUUCUUAACUUAUGUAAUAUUGGUAUGGUAUUGUUAAUACUAUUUCGAUACCUUUUUGACAAGGAAUCAGCUUUUUUGUAUUAUAUUGACAAAAAAAUAUUUAUGAAAAAAACAUGUACAUUUUUCAUGAAAACUGUUGUGCCAUCCGCCCUUUCAUGCAAAAAGAUUGAUCAGUAAUUUAUUUUCAUAUCAUGGGCAUAGGAAUUACAAUAAUUGCUUGUAUAAUUUCAGCUUUUAGUGCAAAUUAUUAAAAGAAUGUAAAUAGAUUCAACAAAAUUUUAUUAUUAAAAUUUUGUAAUUAUAAUUGAUGUCAGAUGUCAGAGUUUGCAAAUGAACUUUUCACAGUAUUAUUGUAAACGGUUUAUUAUUAGAUGAAUUAUUGAAAUUUAUAUAUAGCUUAUAACAAAUUAUCAAUUUUUUGUAAUGUCAAGCUCAUUUUUGGAAGAUUCAUUAAAUCUAGACUCUUUUUUAUACUUUCUGUUAUCGUUCUCAUUCUUCUCAAAUGAUCUUGGCAAAUACAAAAACUGGUGUUUUAUGAAAAAAACCGAUAAACAGUUAAUUCUUGCAUUUAUAUUAGUCCGAUUAAAAUUUCGAAUCAUAAUAAUUCUCAUAGAAAUAUAGUUCCAAUAAACCCCAUUGAUUCCAUGUGGGUCUAAAAAAUUAAAGACAAUAUCGUCACCCACGUUUUGUUAUGAUAGAGUUUUAAUAUAUGUUAAUAUCUUGAUAUGAUUCAAAUCCUUCAAACUCUACUACAAACUUUAUCAACCAUUUCUUCUUAGAUGUCUUCUGUUUCCCGUUCCCCUUACUAGAAGAAUCUCUUCAUUGUUAUCACACGAAUUUUCCUUUAUAAGAUUUGACUGAACAUUCAAGCGAGUCGUGCUAUGGCAAUUAGUAUGGCCAGGACAACCCUACUUUCUUACAAUUGCAAAAAAUAUCUAUACUUAACUAUAGACUAAAUUUUUAUUAGAGCUCCAUAAACAUAGAAGAGAAAGCAAAAUACUUUUGUAAUUAUAAUUUAAGAAGCAUAGUCAAUUUAUUUUAAUAAUUUAGCACAAUCAAAUAAAAUGGUAUAAUUUUAAUAUUGAAGUUGGAAAGUGAUUUAGUACGGUACGAGAUCGAUGUUUAUGGACGAGGCGACGAAGGAGCAGAGUCAAGAAUAUCUAAUCGAGUAACGAAUAAUUUCACGGAUGUUUAUAUCGUAAUUUGUUUUUUAUUCAUACUUUUUUUUGUUUGAAAUAAAAAACCAAAUUAUCCUUUGAUUAGUCUCUUAUUAUUUAAAAAAUAAAAAUUAACAGAAGUUACUAAGGUAACAUUGAGAUAAAAUCCUAUCUCUGUAUGCCUGUAUCCACUAUAGACAAGCUCUUAAUGAUUUCGUACUUCGUAAAUUAGUUUCAACAAGUUUUCCGCCGUCUGAAUCGACUAAACGUUCUUCAAAAAUAAGUUCUGGUAGCUGAGACUGUUAUGGAUUGAUUUGUACAUACAUAACCUGUUACAUGCCGAUCUUCUGUUGCAUUAGUUAACUAUCUAUCAAUGCUGUUAGUUCCCUCGUACUAUUUGGAUAAAUCAUGUGCCCCUUGUCCAUCUACAUUGGUGUUUAAAAUUGUGGAAAAUUGUCUUUAUGUACAUUUUUAGUAAGGUAGCAACGGUGAAAUAAAUAAAGGUGUAAAAAAGGACUCUAUGCUACAUAUGUCAAUUAUUGGAUUAUAGAAAACUUACGAAAAGAAAUUAUUGUUGCAAAAUAUAUCCAUAGCUAGUUGUGCUAAUUGAAGUAUUACGCCCGCUUCAUAGAAUCACAUUUACAAAAAGCUCUCGGAAGAUGCAAGUAUGAGAUCUAAUUAUCAAAAAUGAAUGAAAAGUGAUACAUUGAAAAACUAAAUUCCAAUGAAUAUUAUAAAACAGAAUGAUUUUUUUGUCAAAUAUAUACAAACUCUGGCAACUGAAAAUGUGUAUAUAUUUUCGUAAAUUAAAACACCAUGUUUAUACACAAAAAAUUUAUUUUUAAGAUGCGGAUUGUGAUCCGUAGAUCCAAAAAAUGGAGAGGAAAUUUUGAAAAAUUAUUUCAUAAUUUAUUUUUACGAUAAUUUUGAAAGUCUUAAUAACUUUUUAUGACUUAUUGUGAAUAUCUUGUAUAAAUAUAUGUGAUAUGUUUAGUUUUAGAAAGCCUUAUAUUUAUUUUUCUAGUAAGUUGAAUAAAAAAAAACUAGUAAAAAAUAUAUUUUAGGAAAAUUUUGCACAAAUUCGUAAAUUAUUUCUACAAAAACGAAUUGCUUCUUUGUGAUAAACUGCCUUAAAAAUAUUUUUGGAUGAUUUGUUAAAAAUCGGAUAGUUAAAUAUUUUUCAAAUGAUCACUUUUUAAAUAGUAGAUGUGUAUAUAGACUGUGUAAAUGUUUUAAAUAUUAAAAAAUAUAGAUCUCGUUAGCAUAAUUGAAUACGUGAAUUUGGAAUAACUUUUUAAAGUAUAAAAUAAAGUUUACAGUUGAAAUUCUAAUUUUCGGAACGGCAAGUUUAAUAAAAUCGACUUUAUUUGUGACAUAUCUGACGCGCAUAAGGCGCCAUAAGUGCCAUCUUUUAAUAAAGGAAGGCAUUAACAUCAUUAGAAUCGGCUUUAUGGCUCUUUUUUUAAUCGAUGUCUAGUUGUCUAUAUGACUCAUGAGUUUUUAGAAAUGAAGACAAAUAAAGUCAAAGCAAGUAAAGUCGGCUUUAAUUAAAUGACCAUCAUUCCGAUAAUUUUCUAAUAUUCCAUCAAAUCUGUUUCACGACAGGACGUAUGGAAAUCAUUAGAGCAAAAAAAGGAAAUAGUCCUCCUAACAUAAUUUUAGAUAUCGUUAGAACCAUAUAGUUUGGCGUUUGAGUUUGUUCCCCAAAAAUCUAACAUGCUCUCGUCUUUUGAGAAAUAUAUCAUGACCUAGUUUUUCAGGCAAUUCAGGAAAAGUAGUUUUAUAAGGGAUGGCUGAAGCUUUAAAUUUGUGUAGAAAAAAGGGUAUUUUAUAAGAAGAAUUUCUGAUGAUCAGUUUAUUGCCAUUAGUUCCCUAAAUAUGUGUCGAUGAUUUUAAACGUUUGGAAACAGGCGUUCCACUGACUUUCGUGAGUUUAUUUUUAGGGGAUAUCUGUACGGUGUUAUAUUUUUGUUGUCGAAGUGCUUAAUGUCACAACAGGGAAGUUGGAGGUUCGAAUCCUCUGUUGAACGAAGUUUUUAUCAAAUUAUCCCCUUGCUCUUAGUCCAAAGGAGAGUUAAAUAAUAAUAAACAAAUCCACAUACAGGUGAAUCUAAUAUAAGCGAGUCAUAAAAUGAGUAUAAGUGUUUGGAUCAAUGAAAAAAAAAGUUAUUGAAAGUAGGAAACAACAGCUAUUAUACUUACUUCAAUUGCAGUUCGGAGGUCGGGAAAAAUCAAAUCAGUUUACAUGACCAUGCGGGCCACUCAACGAAUCCUCGUCGGCUUACCCAUACUCCAAAAUGAGCUUGAACGUACUCCUGUACACAUAAUACGUUGUAUGGCGAAGCUCCAUCCUUCACGAAAAGACGGAUGUACUCGAGUGUUGUUUCGUUGUCCAUUUGCUCACGUAAAUCUUCAAGCAUUUCCAGAUAACUUUGGCCGGGAUGCUGGAACUACAAAUCAUCCUGAUUGUAUCCGAGGUACUUUUCGCAAAAUUUCAAUAUACGAUCGAAGUCAUCCUCGUCAGGUGCGUGGAGGAGAAGCGGACGAAAAACUCGAUAGUGCAUGCUUUUCAGCAUUCAUCGUAAAAAACGAUCGAAUAUUUGGAGUUCUCCCGAACAAAUCUGCAGAUCCUUUUUCACUGCGUGCUUAUAAUUCCAAUAUUCACAACUAAAUUUCAUUUGGACUUAUUUAAACUGGUUUUUCAGUUCUAUUGAGGUUUUUAUAAGCAUAAAGGCUUCUUCUUCUUGUUACGAAUGUUUCCUUCGUUUUCCAAAAGUUUUUUAAACAUAAUAGUAAAAUAAAUAAGGAGAUAUACAUACCAUUGUUUACUCACAUUAUUUAACCUGGUAACAUCUCGUUUCUGUUCUGUUUUCUCGAUGUCAGUGAAGAACUACAUAUUUGAAUGAAAUUUACUAAUACCAUUUACUUUUCAAUAGUAAAUAUUGUUAAAAAACUGUACAAAAAUUUCCGAAUUCACGUAACCAUUAUAGUACUAUUUUUAUGUAUCUAGAAAACCAGUCAAGUCAAUAUAAAGAACUGUAUUUAAAAUUUUGAACGUUUAUAUACUGUAAUAAUUUAUUCACGUUUCUUAUUAUUAAGUUUAGUGUCUAUUUGAAAUUUAUAAUGUGAUUAAGUAUUGAGUAAACUCCAUUUCCUUAUCAGGCUUUAACAGCCCUGGAUCUUGAACUUUUUUGAAUGGAAAAAACUGAAAAAGGUGACACCUUUUGUUUAUAUUGUUAUCUCAAUUAUCAAUACAUAAAGCUAUUGAACAUAGUUCUCGCGGUCUAGCACUGAUCUUUUUGUGGUGAAUCUAUUUUCAUGAAUAUAAUAUGUGGACGAGUAAUCAAUCAAUCAAUUUCGAUAUCGUAUUGAAAUUACGUUUCCACUUUUCGAGCCUUUGGUUCUGUAAUAAUACUAUGGUUCUAUCGCACAUAGCGUACUUUGCUGAAGAUCUUAUCUACAUGCCAGUUUAGAGGUUCGAUAGGAUUCAUCAACUAUUUGAUUAAGAUCGCAUGACCUUGAUUGCUACCACUUUAAUAUUUUUGACAUUAUACUCUCACUUCAUUUGGUGCCUUUCAUUUCAUCAUUUUUAAUAAUUCUUAUUAAUUCUACUCAGAGGCAACGAAUAUGAUAGGAAUCUGAUCGUAAAGCAAAAAAAUAUAAGGAAAUAUAGCAAAUAGUGUACGUAGAUUAGUUCCUUAAGUUUUUUUUUUGAAUCAUGAAAUUUUAAAUUCCUCAUAUGAUUCAAUUGAAAACCAUAUUUGUUUCUAGAGAUAAUUUGAACAGGUUCCGAUUUCGUCACACACAUAUCUUAAAAUUACUUUUUUUAUGCCUGAUAUCGUUUAUUUGACAAAAUAAUCAAUACGCCAUUUUUUCAACAUUUUAUUAAAUGAUCUAAACAAGCUGGAAUAUAUCGUCCUAUUUGGGAAUUUUUUUGUUCAAUUCAAAAUAAACUUCAAAAUCUUACAUGAGUGAUGUAAAAGACAUAAUUACUUUAAAGUGCUUUACAAAGUGAGUAUUCGAUAAUAAAAGACGUACUUUGAACCCUUAAGAUUCAAUUUUCCUGACUUACUUUGAAAACAAAUGAACUGAAUCUGAUGAAUGUAACAAAUAAACAAAUUUGUCGAAAUUUUUCAUGCAGAGAUUUCUCCAUUCUGGAAAGUUUUUUAGUGUGUAUUCAAUUCUCAAUGGUCUAAAUUAUCUAGUCGAUUAUAUGUCAUUCAUUCAAUAAGACCUCGCACACAUGUGUCUGCGAAACAAUAAUUAUUUAUGCGCUAGUGAUCUAAGUUGCGUUAAUAAUAUGUUGUGUAUUCAUUUAGCAAGUUUGGAUGUGCCGCCACUGAAAAAGCUCCGACUUUCCUUAUCCAGAUCCGGAUCCCAUUUCCUUUGUAAGCGCUCAAACGACGACUUACUUGUUACAUUAUUUGGUUUUCAGGCUAUUCAUGUUAAUUGGAGCUCCAAUCACGGUACAAAUAUUUUUGGACUCAUCACUUAACUACUGUAGCUCAUGAGGAAUUGGAUUAUUUAUUAUCCUCGAAUGAAAUAGACAAUGCAUAGGAUUAUAUUUUCUUCAAUAAUGAAAUUUCAUUGUUUAUAAAAAAUUCUCUCUUAACCUGAAGUUGCUUAUACUGAUAAAUGUAUUUAUGAAUCUAAACCGGUGUUACAAUAUGUUCUAUCCCUCUCUAGCCGUCCACCUUCAGGUCUCUUUUUGCUUUCCUUAUUUAUUUCUGUUCUCUAUCUAUUUUCUGCAUAUGUCUAGACCAGACAAGUUCUCCACCUCUGAUAUCUUCCACUAUCGUAUAUUUGGCUUCUAUUUCUGAUGUUCCUCUUAUUUGUGAUAAUCUCGAUCCCAGAUAUUUCCGCUACUCUCUGCCAAACAUUCGUAAACCCCAUUAUUUUCUCUAUUCUAACUUUCCACAGUCACACGUAUGAACUGUAUGAUAUAAAAUUUUUCAAAAUUGUGUCAAAAAUUCUUUCUUUAAUUGUCCUUUUACAUGUUAUUAUCUCAAAGUGUCGCUUCUCUCAACGAUUUAUUGUUUGAUAGUCUUAUACCUAGAUAUUUAUCGCUACCACUCUAUAUGAUCAUUUGCCCACCAUUCAGCAAAAUGCUUCUUUCUUUUCUUCUAGUCUACAUGUAUAUGGUUUUAUUUCCAUUAAAAUCCAGCACUAUUUUUUAUAUUUUUAUAUGAGUACCCGGGUCAUAUAGUUCAUAUUUUCAUAUUUCGAUAUUACUUCUUGAUCGUCAGCAAAGCUCAAAGUCGAGCGGUAGACCCAUAGUUCACUUUAUCGAUUUUUCAGUGAUAUCACGUUAUAAUUUAUUCACUUGUAUACUCUUUUUGCAUUUUUCAAAUCUAUAAUAUCCUUGGGUAUUUUCUGUUUAUUGACACAGAUUUGAAGCAACUUAGCAGGUGUCUACUUCCGUAUAAUAUCAUUUCCAUAUCCUUUUAAGAAAAUCUAUAUACAUCGUUCGCUCAUAAUUUUUUUUUUCAGCUGUUGUAUCUUCGGUCGAGAGUUUUCGGAAAUAAUUCUUUAAUGAUAUCAUAGUCAGAAAAUCCUUCAUACUUGUACUUUUCAGUAACUUUCGGCAUAUUUUUUUCUUCUGUAUUUAUAUGAAUGCGGUUUUUCCCUCUUUACUUUUUUUUUUCUCUGCUAUCUUCUUUUACUGUCAUCAUCAGCUUUUUUAUCAUGGUUCUGGUCUUAUGAAAGUAUGUUAUAUGUUAUCUCUUUCCCUAUUCUAUAUUCAUAUAUUGAAAAAAUUUGAUAUUCAAGUAAGAGCUAAUUCUUGAUCCAAGAGAUGUUGGGGCAUGGGACCUAAAGAAAACACUCAUACAAAUCAUGAAUAUGUUUCUUUUAUUAUGCAUGAAAUCAAAUUAUUUACGGUGGUGUCAUUGUCUUUUCUGGGGAGGACCAUGAAUAUUUCACUAAUAUUUAUAAAUAUCUCUAAUAUACCAAACACUUACUUUAUUACUGAAGUUUUCUUGAAUAAUAAUAUUAGUUUUAAAAAAACUUAUUUAUGUUAUCAAUACUUCCACUGGUUAAAUUGUUGUAAUGUCGACUGGUUUCUUAGAAUAGAAGUAGUACUUUGUAAGUUGUGUAGUUUCCAAUAUCUGUACAGUUAGCUGUUGUAAAUACAAAUGGCAAUGAUUAUGAAAUUGAUUUAACUAAUAUUUAGUUCCAUUUAUAAUUGUUUCCUCCUGGAGAAUAUUGUCAAUUUUUCUAUGUGUUUUGCUUUUUGUAUCUGAAUUAGAUUUUGCUAAAUAAAAUUCUUCAAGGUAUCUAGAGUUUUAUUU